GAGUCUUCUGAGAAUAUUUGGAAAAAAUGGGAUGUUCCAUCAUCGCUGGGCUUGAAUUAUGUUGUCAUGCAGUGAGGGUAAUAAAGUAAAUUUUUCAGUAACUAAAUAUUUUUAUUUUUCCUUGAAGCUCUUGAAAUGAUUGUGUAACGUUAUGAUGAUGUUAUUGCAAUUCAGGUGUCUUAAAUUUGUGCUCAAAAGCCUUGGUUUCGGGGUGUAAGGGAGAAAGUAAAAGGUAUGGCAAGAGAUACAAUGUUGCACUUGAUGUGUACAGAAAGGGAAAGUGUUUUCUGGUAAAAUUUUUCAGCCUGUAGGCUGUCAAAUUAUGUUUUUUAGUCUGGGUUUGAUAAUACACAUUAACUUGGCUAGUUGGCUUUUGGGAUUUGAAGCUUUUGAGUGCAGAAGAAGGAUUUCCUCUGAGACACUUCUGUAAUAUCCCCCUGUGUUUCUUUUCGAGUGUUAGGGCUUUUGUGGCUUGUGUGUGGUGGUUUUGUUUUUUGUUUGUUUGUUUGUUUUGUUCUCUUGUUAUUCUCCUUAUCUUUGUUCAUAGCACUCCAAAUGGCAGUGUCUUAACUUUUUGUCGCGGAAGCAUAUAUUAAGAUCUUUGCUUUGAGAGAUAUUGGGCUCAACUAUGAAAAAUGUGCCAGCAGUAAAAGUAUUAAUGGUUCCCAUUUGGAAGCACUAAAUUAGAUGAACUUCUUCAGAGGAAGGAGGCAAAAUCCUGCAUGGAUGAAGAGAGAUGUGGGCAGUAGGUAGAAGCAGGCAUUCACUGGAUAUUGGACAAGUGGAAUAAGGGUAUAUUUGCAGAAGUUCUAGCUAUUAACGCGCGUAAUCUGAAAAUUCAUGCGGACUAUGUAAAGCAUGUAAUAACAUGGUAGAAUGUCAAAGAGUAGUUUUCAGUUUUAAGUAGCUGCUUGAUGUUUUUUGUUUGUCACAAAUAUGGAAACUGCUGACCUGAAUAGUCAUCAAAAAAGUAAUGGGAAACUAUCAGUUGAAUUAGCUGAAAUAUAAAAGGUAUUUUAUUUUACCAAAUCUAUUUUACAAAAUCAGACAGAAAUACAGAAUACUUGUUCCUGGUGGAGGGCACAGAGAAAUUCAAGAAGUCCCCCAGGCUUUGUCAUGGGUAAUGAGUUGAAAUGUGAGGGGAGUAGCAACAAGAGUUAUCUUACGAUAAUUGUCAAAUAUUUUUUUUUCCUUUAAAAGAAAAGAAAGCUAUUGGUCAAUGUAUUGAUUGUUGCUAAUUUAGGAGCUUUGGGGAACUAGUAAAAUGUGGUAUUCGAAUGAUUGAAAGUUCUGGAUUUUAAGCCAUAAGUUAUUAAUGUUCCUGAAAACUAGAGUAAUUUAGAUGCUUUACACAAAUAAGAGGAAAGUACUUCAAAAGACUAAUGAUUUGUUCGGGAGAUGAAAUAGGAUUAUGGGGGAGUUGAAAAUUUCAACUACUGUUUCUGUCUUAGUAUUCUGAAGGAUGCUCCUAGUUGGAUUGUUUUUUACAGGCAUAUGUUCAUAGGAGGUUUGGAUUCACAGUAAGAUGAAAUAUAACCUGAGAGACCACAGUUAGCCACUGGCUGCUUUUCACUAAAUCUUUCUGCAGGUACUUUUGUCGUGCCCUGUGUAUGAGGCUUUUCUAGUUCAGUGGGUUGCAGUCUUUUUUUCUGUUAUUUGUAGGUUCUGCAUAUGUUUUUGCUGAGGAGAUGGACUCCUGUACUGUCAAGUUAAACCUAAUGGUGACAUCCUUGUUUUUAGAGUUAUCUUUUGAGCAUGCCCUAAAAUGAGUCCAUGAACCCUGUUGUUGUCAAGUACACGUGUAUUUACAAGGAACAGUGUGUUAGCGCAAGGUGCUUACGUAAAACUCGCACUGGAUUUAUCAGAAAAUAGUGGAGUUGUUCACUUCAAAAGAGGUGAUUGGAGAGGAGAUCAAAACGUCAAUGGCUACUAAGACACCCAAUUAAAAACCUCUUUAUUUUUUUAAAAGCUGGGAAAAGGACUUGCCCCAUGUCAGAAGGCUAUGAUCCAGGCCCCCAUCUGCUGUGUAGUCCUAUUCUGAGCCCCUGCAGCACCCUCUGGUGAGCCAGAUGUGCUUGUGCAGCAGUUGGGGUCCUGGCGGAGCUUAUGAAUGGACAUAACCAUCAGAUCUUGCUACAGGACUGAAGAAAUACUGCAAAAGAAGCCUAGGCUAUAACAGACUUGAUGUUACUAACGGGUGCUGUUGGGUUUUGCUGCCAUUUCUUCUUCUUUUCACCUUGUAAUUUUUUGUCUAAGAGGAGACAGAAGUCAUUAAAGGAUCUCUAGACCUGUUAAUUUUUGCUCUAGGCAAGCAUAACCAGUGCGAUUGCAUGAGAUAAAAGGAUUCCAGCUCUAUGGCUGCGUUGCUCAGGAGCAAAUGAAGUGUGGUACGGGCAAGAGGGGCUUAUAAGAAGAAAUAGGAAGCUUUUCUCAAGCCGAAGACAGAGCAAAAGGAAACUGUAUCAUGUGUUAGAAUACUGAAGAGCGACAUUUCUUGGAUUAGCAUAUUUCUGGAUUGCAAAGCAAAAGAAAGAAGAGGCCAAAAAUGGGGAGAAAGAAAAUACAGAUCACAAGAAUAAUGGAUGAACGGAACAGACAGGUCACCUUUACAAAGAGGAAGUUUGGAUUAAUGAAGAAGGCAUAUGAGUUGAGUGUACUCUGUGACUGUGAAAUAGCACUCAUCAUUUUUAACAGCUCUAACAAACUCUUUCAGUAUGCCAGCACUGAUAUGGACAAAGUUCUACUUAAAUACACAGAAUACAACGAGCCCCAUGAAAGCAGAACCAACUCAGAUAUCGUUGAGACCUUAAGAAAGAAAGGCCUUAAUGGUUGUGAGAGCCCUGAUGCUGACGAUUACUUUGAGCACAGUCCACUAUCGGAGGACAGAUUCAGCAAACUAAAUGAAGAUAGUGAUUUUAUUUUCAAGCGAGGCCCUGCUCUGAACAAGAAGGAACACAGAGGGUGCGACAGCCCGGACCCUGACACUUCAUAUGUGCUCACGCCACAUACAGAAGAAAAAUAUAAAAAAAUUAAUGAAGAGUUUGAUAAUAUGAUGCGGAAUCAUAAAAUCGCACCUGGCUUGCCUGCUCAGAACUUCUCCAUGUCGGUUACGGUUCCAGUGUCCAACCCCAACACUUUAACCUACAGUAACCCGGGGAGUUCCCUUGUGUCCCCAUCCCUGGCAGCCAGUUCAUCGCUAACGGACACGACCAUGCUCUCCCCACCGCAGACCACCCUGCAUCGCAACGUGUCCCCGGGGGCCCCGCAGAGACCGCCCAGUACUGGCAAUGCAGGUGGAAUGCUGGGAACAACUGACCUCACAGUGCCAAAUGGAGCUGGUACCAGUCCAGUUGGAAAUGGGUUUGUUAAUUCUCGAGCUUCACCAAGUCUACUCGGAACUACUGGUGGUGGGAACGGCUUGGGCAAAGUCAUGCCUACAAAGUCUCCACCUCCACCUGGAGGAGGCAAUCUUGGAAUGAACAAUCGCAAACCCGACCUCCGUGUUGUCAUCCCACCCUCCAGCAAGGGUAUGAUGCCACCAUUGUCGGAGGAGGAUGAAUUGGAGUUGAAUACCCAAAGGAUAAGUAGUUCUCAGUCUACGCAGCCUCUGGCUACCCCGGUGGUGUCCGUGACGACUCCCAGUUUGCCCCCGCAGGGACUGGUGUACUCGGCCAUGCCCACCGCCUACAACACUGAUUACUCGUUGUCCAGCGCAGACCUGUCGGCGCUGCAGGGCUUUAACUCCCCAGGCAUGCUGUCCCUGGGGCAGGUGUCGGCCUGGCAGCAGCACCACCUGGGCCCAGCCACGCUCAGCUCCCUCGUUACUGGCAGCCAGAUAUCUCAGGGUUCAAAUUUAUCCAUUAACACCAACCAAAACAUCAACAUAAAAUCUGAACCGAUUUCACCUCCUCGGGACCGUGUAACUCCCUCCGGGUUCCCGCAGCAGCAGCCACAACCGCAGCAGCCGCAGCCGCAGCCGCCGCCGUCGCGACAGGAGCUGGGUCGCUCUCCUGUCGACAGUCUCAGCAGCUCCAGCAGCUCCUACGACGGCAGCGACCGGGAGGACCCGAGAAGCGAUUUCCACUCGCCCGUGGUGCUGGGGAGGCCACCCAACUCCGAGGACAGAGAGAGCCCGUCGGUAAAACGAAUGAGGAUGGACACGUGGGUGACAUAAACUCGCAGUGUUGCCUCUUCAGUUUUGCGUUCUCAAAAUGAACUGUCCUGACAUAUCUAAAUUUAUAAAUAAGGACAUGAAAUAAGUAUAUUUAUAUGUAUAUACAUACGUGCAUAUAUAUAUCUUCACAUGCAUAUAUAUGUGCUAGUGUGUGUAGCAUACACAAAAUCAUCAGGCACUUAUGACAAACUUCUUGUAUAGCUGCAGAUGUCCCAUGGUAAAACGUAACAGAACAAUCCCGUAGGUAUUGAGCUAGUCUGGCACUUACCUGGACUCGUUGUUUUAAUAAUAGAACCUGUUUUGCAGAGAACCGUUGUACCCGCAUUAUACUCCUACCACACUAGAUCGCAGAACCAAGAGGGCUCGCCUGUAGUAACGUCCCUGUGUGUUUUAUUCAAGCUGUAUGGUUACUCGUAGUUAAGAAAUAAUGCUUUGUAGCAGCAGAGCAGUAGAAAAGCAGGAAGAAGAAAGCAAUACUGUACAUAAAAUGUCCUUUAUAUUACCCACCGUGGCAUGGGUCUCUAUUGCAGAGGGUGCAUGGAGAAGGGCUGAUGCUAUAAAAAUAAAAUAAACAAAAACCCUGUUUUGCACGUGCAAAAAAAAUAGUGUAUUGGGUCAAAGAAGUGAUUUUUUUAAUGAGUGAAAGAGAGACAUAGAGAACUCGCAUGAAAUAUUCAGAAAAUAUUAGCCUAGAAAAUAGAACAUUAACAAAAUAAAAUUAAUAUAUUAAGUUAUAAUUGGAAUAUGUUUGACAAAUUUGUUUUUACGUUCAUACCUUUGAAAAAUAUAGAAACGGAUUUUAGCUCAUGUAUAUUUUAUAUUAAAGAAAACAAUACCCUAAUGAAUUGAAGACUAUAUAUAAAGUUAUAUACAGUACUUUUGAACACAUUCUGCUAUGAAUUAUUUAUAUAAGCCAAAGCUGUAUGUUGUAGCUUUUUUGUAGAGUAUAGUUUUAUCUUAUUUUGACUUUCUAGUUUUUGCUUUCCAAGAUGAAAAGGAAAAACUUGCAGGCGGAACCUUUGGGGGAAAAAUAAGCCAUGAACACUUAUAUGUAAAUUUAAAUUUGAGCCAAACUCUUUGUGUAUAUAGCAUCCUAAAUAUAUUAUCACCUUUGGUGUAAGUACCUAUGUAUUGUACGUUCACCAGAUUAAAAAGUAUAUUUUUGUGGAUUGACGCCAACUUGAAAAAAGGCGAGGUCCUUAUUAAGUAGAGUAUUCACUGUUUAAUAUUUACUAUUUUGUUAAAUAUACUGUACUUUCUUUGGAUUUUAAUUAUUAUUAAUAUUAUUAUCCAGAUUUUUCAGAGGGUGUAUAAAGGGGUUGUCCCCCUCACUGGUGGUGAAUGUGUGCCGUUAAAUUGUAAUCUCUGUGCUGUAUGGUUAAGCUUCAUUAUACAUUUUAUAUAUAUGUAUAUAAAUAGCAAAGUGGCAAAAAAAAAAAUCCGGUGUUAAGUUCAUCCUGCAUAAAUAUAAAAAGAUCUGUUACAACACAUUUUAAGGCAUCAUUUUAAAGCUGCCUCUUCUGAGGAGUUAAAAAAAAGUGGAAAAACUUGACCUAAUUUCUCCUGAUAGGGAAGUAACACAUAUCAGAGGAGCACAAAAGGUUUCUGAAGUCGGUAAGUGGUUUGGGAUAAAGCCUCGGCAAGAAACGUGCUGUUCCCGCUGCGGGGCGCUGACCCAGCGCGCGGAGCACAGGGGCCCAGCGGGUCCUGGACCUGCCCAGAGCAGGGCUUGUGGACCGUGGACCGUGUUCUGCCGCGGUGUCUGCUCUGCUCUGCUCUGCUCUGCUCUGCCGGGGACAGCCAGGCCCGCUCACACCCGGCCAGCGCGGGGAAAAGCCGCGUCUGGGUUUACUGGUGGUGCUGGGGCCGCGCUGGGGAGGGGCCGUGUCUUGUGAGAUCUGCUCUCUGUCCAGGUCCCUGCUGUGGAGUGUCUGGCCGUACUGGGAACCAAAUUACGUAGAUACAAAGAAAUCUUAAUGCUGGUUGUUCUGGGGAAGAAACUGCAGUGCUGUCUUGGUAUCCAAACUCCUUUAAAAUUAUCCCUCAUGUUUACUGAAUCUUUGCUUGGGCUUUAAUUUUUUUUUUCCUUGUAAUUAUAGAAUAAAAAUCCCUGGAUGCUCUAAGUAAGAAGUGUGGGCAAUGGCCAUCCAGGGGCCGGCUCUCCCCGCGGCUGCUGCUUUAAUGUGGGAUUGAAGCACAAAGUCAGUACAUUCAGCUUCCAAAACCCACUCCUGUUGUCAUGGUAACCUUAAAACAGGUUUCAAUUCGGUUCAGCCACUUACCUUUGGAAAUUGUUCUCCAUUUAUUGCAGGUAGUUGCUGGUUUCCAGAAGCAUAGAGGAAAAUGAGACUCAUUCUAAUGGUAACUGUGUUUCCAAAGUGACUGAAUUCACUUACCACUGCAGAGAACCUUUUACUGCUCUGAAAAGUUAUGUGAUUUUUUUUUUGGUUAUUUAUGCACAUAUAUGAACUUUGCUGUACAUCUGAGUGGGAGUUCUGCAUUCACAUUUACUGUCUAUUUUCUUGUGUGCCUUAUAAGAUGGCUUUGCUGACUGUAUCUCUAUAGUCUUUAUUUCUAUGCAGGUUUUUAAACAGUACUAUUACUGUUUUCUUAAAGAAAAAAGGGGUUAGAGUUUGUAUUGAAAUUGCACCAAUGAAUUUAGAAAACAAACAAAUCGAUUCUUAGAAUCGCCAAUGGGACUGUUCACAUGUUGCCCCAAACCCUCCAAGAGACUCAGCAGAACACAUCCCCCAGCCCUCCGGCGCUGGGAGACUCUUAUGCCGUUGAAUAAAUGGGAAUCCUGAUUUUUAAUAACUAACUUUGGAACAUACUUUUUUUAGGAAUUGUAAAAAAUCUUUUAUAAAAAAGACAACAUAGCACAGAUAUUUCAACAGGUUUAAAGAAAAAAAAAAGAUACUUUUUUUUAAUUAACUCUCCUGAUGAAGUUGCAAGGGGAUCCAAUCCUGGUCUGAAAGAUUAAAGAUUUUUAUCUGCUAUUGUGACAAAUCAUUUCUCCAUCUUCAGCUCUCACUAUGGUAUUUAAAAAUAAACGUUAUCAGGGAUUUGUCAGAGAAAAUGCUUUAGCCUUUCCUUUCACUGAAGGACACUAACGCAUCAGAAACUUGCGAAUUAUUGUGCGCACAAGAAAUACAUAGUAAAUAAGGAACAAAAUAACUCCUAACAAUUGAUCAUGGGAAGAAGUUAAAUUAGAAUGUGAAAGAAAGACUUAACAAAUGUAAACGUUUAAAUCUUAGUAGAACCUUUCUUCACUUUGCUGUGCAAGAAAACACUGCUUUGCUAUAUUUAAAAUGGCUUUUUUAAAAGAGAUUUAUGUAUUUGGUAAAUGUUUGUAGUCAACAGUUCACAAAGAAGCUGUUCACGGUUUAAUGAUGAUAAGCCGUUUGGCGGCACAAGCUGGACUUUGUUGCCAUCCUUGAGAUGAAUCUUUUAAGAAAAAAUAAGUUAAUCUCAAUUUUUUUCCCUGAAUGUGUUGUUUUUUCUUCAAUAUACAAUAAAUAUUCUAGUGAACUUUUUAUCAAAUGGUUAAGAAAAAUGCUAGAGGUUGUUGUAAAAUAUUUGUAUCCUGCAUUCACUAAAGUAAAGAUACUGGCUUUUACUGUGUA